AUGACUGUGGAACAGUAUCCACAUUAUCAAGAUGACACUUCCUGGGAACAUCCUACGGUCAUCAGAAUGCUCCGAGGACAACUACGCUGUUUCGCGCAGAAGCAUGCUGCAGUCCCUAACAGUUUUUCUCCAUUGGGGACAAGCGAUCUGGAACCAGCCUAUGGUCAUCAGAGUCCUGAUAACGAUCUACUUAAAUGCUAG